AUGGAGGACCCAACGAGCUUCGUCGACGAGAUCGCAGCGUGGUUCGACAUUGACCCCGAUAGCCCCGUCCUGGCCGUCUUCUGGGGCGCCUUCGUCCUCCUCGCCUUCGCCUUCGUUGCGCUCGCCGCCUUUGUCAUCACGCAAUGGACCGAGUGGUACACUGGCCGCUUUGGCUCCGUGGCCGGGCCGUCGCCUGAGCGUGGCACCAGCGGCCUGAAGGCCGGGCUUUCGAGGGCCCUCUACUUCGGGCUGUACCUUGACGGGUGCGGCAUCGCGCUGCUGCUGGUCGUGCUGUCGCCGGCGCUGGCCAUUGUGGCCAUGGGGCUGGCGCCGCUGAUCGCGCUGGGGGUAGGAGUGUUUGGGAUGGGGGGCGACGAGGAUACCGGUACCAAGACGAAGCCGAACGUCGCUGAGGAGAAGAAGGGACAGUGA